AUGGAGAAAGACGCUGAUGGGUUCUACACGCCAGCAGCUCCAGGUGCGACAGUGGGUGCGACAGUAGGUGCGACAGCGGGAGCGCCAGUGCUAGAAACGGAGGAGGAUGUUUCGGACCUCAUCAAGUCAGACUUCGAGGUUGAGGUUACUCUAGCAGACCAGCAAGUCGAUCCGAACUCGCCUCUAUACAGCGCCAAGACGUUUGAACAGCUGGGACUACAUGAAGAUCUACUGAAAGGCAUUUACGACAUGGGCUUCUCUAAACCAUCCAAGAUCCAGGAGCGCGCAUUGCCUCUCCUGCUAUCUAAUCCUCCGCAGAACAUGAUCGGACAAUCGCAGUCCGGCACGGGAAAGACCGCCGCCUUCGUCCUCACGAUGCUGAGUCGCGUCGAUUUUUCCAAGAAUAAAACACAAGCACUAUGUCUCGCCCCAUCACGCGAGCUUGCGCGGCAAAUCAUGACCGUAGUGGUGGCGAUGGGCAAGUUUACUUCGAUUCAGACAGAAUACGCGAUCAAGGACGGGUUGCCGAGGGACACAAAGCACGUCACUGCCCAUGUCGUCGUGGGCACCCCCGGGACGAUGACCGACCUCAUUAGGCGCAAGGUGAUUGAUGUGUCGGAAGUGAAAGUAUUCGUGCUGGACGAAGCGGACACUAUGCUCGACCAGGAUGGUCUCGGGGAGCAGACGUUGCGUGUGAAGAAUAUGCUCCCGCGCAAUCAGGCUCAAAUUAUUCUCUUCUCGGCGACUUUCCCGGACCACGUAAGGUCCUUUGCAAGCAAGUUUGCGCCAAACGCAAACAAGAUCGAGUUGCAGAAGACUGAUCUUACGGUCGCCAACAUUCGGCAGUUCUAUAUGGAUUGUCACGACGAGGAUCAGAAAUAUGAUGUGCUCGUCUCUCUGUACAAGCUGUUGACUAUCGGACAAAGUAUCAUCUUCUGCCAACAUCGACGCACAGCGGACCGCAUCUCACAGCGUAUGACGGCAGAAGGGCAUAGAGUAGCGUCGCUGCAUGGCGCGAAAGACGCGCAGGAGCGUGAUACGAUUAUCGACAGAUUUCGGGAGGGUAAAGAGAAGGUGCUGAUCACCACCAAUGUCGUCGCGCGCGGUAUCGAUAUUCUCAAAGUGAACAUGGUCGUAAACUACGACCUACCGCUGAUGAACGAGCGCGACCCGUCCCGCGGCAAGCAGGAUACCCUCCCGGAUGUCGAGACAUACAUACACCGGAUUGGUCGCACAGGACGAUUCGGACGGAAGGGGAUUUCCAUUAACUUCGUGCAUGAUCAGACGACGUUCCACCAGAUGGCGCAGAUCGAGGCAGUGACGGGGAAGCAUAUCGUUCGCAUCGAGACGAAGAAUCUGGAUGUUAUGGAAGAGCAAAUGAAGAAAGCUCUGAAGUGA